UCGUGCAGAACUGUGUUGUUGUUGUUGUUGUUGUUGUUGAUGUUGUUGUUGUUCUAGAACGAGAGAGCGCGAGAGAGAAAGAGCGAGCAUGAAGUCGUUCCUGGUGAUCGUUCUGUUCGGGACGAUCCUGUACCUGCAGGGAGCGGUUCCGCAGCGGGCCACACAGCCCCGCCAGGCGCUGGUCGAGGUUAACGCCAGCGAGUACAACGAGUUCGACAUCGAGCACUUUACGUUGAAGAUCGAACAGCUGGACAUGCGGAUGAUGCGGUUCGAGUUGAACGUCCAGAAGAAGGUGGAUACAGUUGCUAGCUUGCUGCAGAAUCUGGUGCACGUGAUCGAUAAUCUGGCAUGGCACAUCUCCGAGACGGAACGGUCGGCCAACAAUGCCGAACACCAGCUGCGGGUUAUUGCGAAGAAUUUGACCCUGCUGCACAAGGAGAUGAGGGAUCUUGCAAUAGCCCAGCAGCGUCUACCGACGCGGAAUUACUUCGACGACGCCAUGAUGAUGAUGAAGGCUACGGCCAACUGCGACGGCAACGGCGAUCUGAUGCAGUUGGAGCAGAUGCAGAUGCAGAUGAAUAAUAAUAUUCAGUCGACGGAGAAGCCACCGCCGACGAUUCUGGAGGCCUGCGAUCAGCUUCCGGAGGGUAGUCGAAGUGGCGUUUGGGACGUGCAACCGGACGGGGAAUUCAGCAAGCCGAUUCGGGUGUACUGCGAAAUGACCUUCCAGGAGGGAGGAUGGACCGUAUUCCAGUACCGGUACGAUGGGAUGGUCAACUUCUACCGGGACUGGGACGAGUAUCGGUUCGGGUUCGGCAAGAUGGACGGCGGAGAGUUCUGGCUAGGCUUGGAACGUAUCCAUCAGCUGACCUAUUCGGCUCCGCAUGAACUGAUGAUCCUGCUGGAGGACUUCGAUGGCAAUACGACGCAAGCGCACUAUGCCAACUUUGAAAUUGCCAGCGAAACGGAACUGUACAAGGUGACCAAGAUCAACGGCUACAACGGGACGGCUGGGGACUCGAUGAGCUACACCCUGGGGGCGUACUUCAGUACGUUCGACGAGGACAACGAUACGCACGAUGAGAACUGCUCCGUCAAAUACCAUGGAGCCUGGUGGUACAGGAAUUGCCACUCGAGGUAA